UCAGUGAAGUAAUACACCCUAUUGAGGACGUUGUCUACAUCAGUCAAACUUUAAGAAGACAGACACAUCGGUUUUUGGCUCAAACUCCUGACACCUGUGAUUAUAACAUACAUUACAAUCCUGUGACGCCAGCCUGCCAAAAAGUCAAAUGACCGUGAAGUUGCACGUAAUUGUGUGUUUUGUCUUCUUUGGUGUGCAAAUUGGGAUUAAAAUGAUACCUUUCAGGACGUUUAACUGCUAGGGUGAAUGUUGAAGAAGACUGACCUUCCAUCAAGGGUUGUUCUGUUGUCAGUGCGAGCUCAUGCCAGUGAUGGACUGCAGCCGGGUGGAUACUAACCUCAGCUGGUAUUCACAAAACAGCAUUCCUCCUAACUGAGACCAGCUCCACAGAAUGCUGAGUCCCAUUGUCCCCUAUCGUCUAUUAAAGAUGCACUGGAACCCAGAGCAUGCCCAGCCUCUCAGCCAGUGGCCUGAGCAACACCUGGACGUCUCCUCCACCACCUCCUCUCCGGCCCACAAGGCAGAGUUCUACUCCGGCCGCAGCCGCAGCUCUUAUAACUACGCAUGGGCCAAUGAUGACAUCUCAGCCUUGACAGCGUCCAACCUGUUGAAGCGCUAUGCUGAUAAGUACGCUGGUGUGCUGGACUCACCAUAUGACAAGCCACCUUCUGUUGGCACAUACCCGGAUCCAGGAGCCUUUGGGGGCCUCAGCGGCCAGAAGACAGAGCUGGAGCCCUGGCCACUGACGCACAGCACUGAUGCCUCCUAUUCCCUUGUGCCCCCGGGAGGCCAUGACAGCCUCUCAGGUCCCAAGGUUGUAGCCACAUCUGCAGGUCUUCCGGGAGUUAGCAGUGUGUCUGUAGUGAACAGUAACCUCUCAGACUCUGGCUACAGUGGCAGCAGCUCCUGCAGUGGCUCUAGUGAUUACACCUCCAGCUACAAUGGUACUUAUCUUUCCUCAGGUUACUGUCCCCAACCCAGUGCAGCACUUCCCCCUGCCUCCCUGGUGCCCAGCUAUAGCCCGACCACACCUGUCUAUAACUAUCCCCCAAGCACAUACCCACCCCAGACCAGCCUUGCCCCCAACUAUAGCCACCCUUCUGCAACCUACCUGACCUCAGGUCUACCAGCCCCUACCCCAGUACCCCCAAGGCCCACAGUGGUAGGAGGCAGCUAUAGUUACCAGAGCACCACCCUCGGGACAUCUGAGUCAGGGGGGACAUUAAAAAGAAAAGCAUUUGAGAUGAAUGUAGAAAAGGACGAGGGCAGUGACGGUUCCCGUUACAGGAAAUACAGCUAUGACCCCUUAAAGACUGGGGGAAACUCACCUUACAGUGUAAAUGACAAAACAGAGUGUCGGGGAAAUGGCUUCAGCAGUUCAGGUAGCACAGACCCUCAAACAUUCAAGCCCACCAAACCAUCCUCUCAGCCCCUGGUGUCACCUCAGUAUGGUGCAGCAGGGGAGUACAGCCCUCCAGCAGGUAUGACAGGGGAGAAUGGUGUGUCAGAGCAGGGCUUCACCCAACAGCAGCACCGCUCCCAGGCUCACAAAAGACCUCCGAUAUGUGGUCCAUCUCUUGAGACUUUGAAGAGCCCAGAUCCACGAAUGCUGGACCUUGUAAAUGGAGAGUUAUUAGAUUGCAGCCCGGCCCUAGGCUGGAGCGAGCUGGCUGGUCUCACCCAUGUCAAGACUGCUCUGGAGGAGGACCUGCUGUGGCCUGUGUUAAGGCCCAGUCCAGUGGUGCGGCCACCAAGAACCGUCCUGCUGUUUGGCCCCCGGGGAGGGGGUAAGAUGACGCUGACUCGCUCUUUGGCAUCUCAGCUGGGGGCCUCCUUCUACCGGUUAAGUGGAGCCAUGCUGGCCUCUAAAGGGAAGGCUGAGGCAGAGCACAUUCUGGGGUCUCUGUUGCAGGUAGCAGAAGCAAGGCAGCCCUCAGUGGUGCUGCUCAGUCAGGUGGAGGCCUUGGAAGAGGAUGGACUGAGGCAGACACUGCUGACCACCCUUGAGAAAGCCCAGGUGGGGACCACAGGUCUGGUGAUUCUUGUAUGUUCCACUGGCAGGCCAGAUCUCCUGCAAGAUGCAGUUCAUCAGAGUUUUGCCAAGCGAUAUCAUGUUGGCCUGCCUGACGUUGGUAUGCGCAGACAGGUGCUGCUGCAGGCAGUUUUGCCCCAGGGCUGCAGCCUGAGUGAGAGGGAGCUGAGUGCUGUGCUCCAGCGCACAGAGGGCUUCUCCGUGUGGGAGCUGUUGCAGCUCAGCCAGCAGGCGCUCGCAUCAGCAGCCUCCCCCACUGGAACCAUGCAUGGCCUCUCCACAUCCUCCAAACCCCCAGCCUUCACAGACUUUGAGAAUGCCUUCUGCAAGGUGCGCCCACACACCACCACAAAAGAACUGGACACUUGUAUAGAGUGGAGCAAGAUGUAUAGCCACUGAGAAAGCAGUCAGUCCUUGCACUCGGACUUCACUACAAACCUUUCUUUGCUUUGACAUGACUAGCCAUGGGAAUGUUUUGUUGUUGUUUUGUAAUUACAGAUUAUGAAGCCAAAAGAGCCAGAGAAGUUGACGAUACAGGAGAGCUGACAGACUUGUUUUACUGGCAGAAGCAUGCCAUGAUGUACUGUUUUAGUUUUGCUAUGGAUGUCCGCAAUAUUUUAUUUUUCCCAAAGAAAAGAAAGAUGGAUAGGCCUUGCUGAGUCAGGUAUUGUUGAGGUCAUUAAAACGGGAGAAUCAGAUAGAUAUUUAGAUUCUCUCAGAGUGAGAUCCUGAUUAGCCUUGGUCCAGGACAAAAUCAAUAAUUUGUUGCUCGGUGAUGUGGUCCAAGAUUAUGGAUAAUCAGGGUUUUGGAAGAAUAGCCCCUUUGACUGCAACUCUCAGGAUUGUAUUUAUUGCCAGUCCAGUCCAUGUUAUCCUAACAUUGAUUUAGUCAUUGGAUUGUCCGUAAUCAUUCAGUAUGAAGAGCUCGAGAGCAAAACCCACUUUUAGACCAAAAACAUGUCAAACCAAAUAUAUAAUUAUUCCUGCUGUGACUGACUCGUCCUCAAAAUGACAGUAUAUUAACAUUCUUGAUAACUUAUGGAGAAAUAUUGAUUCAGCAGUUCAGUUGUUCAAGUGAAACCAUGCAGUUACACUUGAGAUAUUUAGUUGCAGAAAUACAUGUAGAGAUUACAUGUGCGUAAAUUCAAUUAUACUCACGCUUAAAAUGGCACAACUCACUGACAAGCUACCUUGUUAUUAUUUCGAGAUCGUUGCUGUUGACUCUUCCAUGUAAUUUGCUCUCGAUCUCACAUUCCUCAUUAAGUUUUCCUGAGAAUCACACUUAAAUAACACUUAACCCACCCGCACAUCCAGCUUCUCCCACAAUGUGUCUGUUUUCUUUUUCACUUAACUCCUUUUGUUGUCUUAGUAUGUAGUCUUGUUUGAAAUGCUCAGGAAGAAUUUCUUUACCUCAGAAAUAUGAAUUAAAGAAUGUAUGUAAUCUUAGGGUUUUAGUAGGGAGUGUCGCAGAGCGAAAUAAGAAGCGAGGAGAAACCUGACAGUCCUGUAAUACCCGCUGCAGCUGGGCUUUUACCUCGGGAGAGAAACUUGAAUAUGCUACAAAGAGUAACAAUGAAUGUAAUUCAGGUAUUUCAAAGGAUAUUUGAUGCCAUAAAAAUCCAUGUAUUAUUAUAUAUGAAUAUAUACGUAAAUGCAUUUUCUUUUCUGUUCUUAUACCUUUUAUUUUUAUUGUAGUUCAUGGUGGAGUGAUGUUUGUCUUUAAGAAUGCUAUGUAGAAUACAGAAAAUAUUCCUUUUUUUGUUGGACAAACUGCGUCUCCACAUUAUGUAGUGUUUACAUAUGCUCUAUAUGCAUGUCUGCUAUAGUUUCACAGACCAUUUGGAAAUGUAAAUAUACAUCACACGUGUGCACUCGCUUUAAACAUUUGAGCACAAAAUACUUUCCAAGAGACAAAUAAAAAAAACAGAUGCAAAAAUGUAAAAAAAAACUUUAUGUGUAGCUUUUAGCAAAUUCCAAAGUCUAAAAAUUCACAGUUCAUGAAAACAUAUUGUGGAUGAUGUGGACAAUCCAGACAAAUCUCUCCUUUUCCAGCAGUCCGACACUUUUGUCUUAACAAGCUGGAAAAAGCUGGUCACUGGACUGCAGGUACAGAGGUCGUUCAUGUUAGACUGUUGCUAUGGUCCUGAGGAGGUAUACACAGAAUGAUGUAAUAUUUCCUACUGCCCUAUCCUCCUUCUGCCCCUCCCUCAUUCUUCUUUUUCUCUUUUUCUCUCUCCACUGUGCAGUCUCAUUAGAUUGGAUUGCCCCCAGGCCACGAGCCCCUGUGGCCAUGUGGUGUCGUCUCCUCUCCUCUCCUCUCCUCUCUCCUCUCCUCUCCUCUCCACCCCCAGCCCCUCUGUCCCUUAUACCAAUUCUUGUGUAGUAGAAGUGAACUGAUUGAUGUCCAGCAACCUUAUAUCACAGCGCAGCCUUCCUUCUCCAGCUGGUGGCUUCAGUCAUUCCAUACAGCCAGAUCAAUCAGAGUGACCCCCGCUGUGCAUACUGAUCACUGUCUCAGAAACUGAAGGUACAUUUAUAAAUGAGCGCGCAUACUCUGCCUCUGAGAGGAAACGUCUAAAUAACGGCACCAAUGAUUCACAUGUACUUGAAUGAAAGAAUAACAUUGACUUGGAGAUACAAGUAGCUACAGCAUUUUUGCUUUAUUGUUAUUUCCUCUACUCCCUACAGUUUGUCCAACAAAACAAGUUUUUAUUUUUGACAUUUUGGAUCUGUUAUCACAGUAAUUUUGUUCUUGGUUAUUGUACAUUUUCUGUAACCAUUUCUACCUCAUUUUUGCGGCAUAUUGUACAUGAAAAUAUUUAUUUCAUGUCUUUAUUGAUGUCUGUUUUAAAAGAUAAUGUUCUUGAACUGUAAUGGUCUACCUCAGAAAAGACUGUAUUUUAAGAGAAGAGUAUCACACAAUAUUAAACAGAAUUUGUCAAUA